UUUUUUUAUAGAUUUACCAACCACCACAAACCAACCACAAUUACCAACAACCACCACCACCAACCAACCACAAUUACCAACAACCACCACCAACAACAACCACCAACAAUUUCGAUUUAAAGCUUUCGUGACUGCAGGGAUUCAUCUUCUUGGUUCUUUCGGUAAAGUCACGUAGAAGGGAAAUAAUAAAAUAAUAAAAAUAAAACAUAAUAAAAUAAUUCUCACGACGUUUCGGCCACAACGCAAGCAGCCGUCCUCAGGUGAAGACCAGGUCUGUCGGGGAGACAGCAACAUCACCGUCGCCCAAGCGACAUUCAAGCCAACACCGCCCCGCAGGCGUGGAGAACGAGGAGGAGGAGGGAACUGAGAUGAUAAAGACGACCCGUGCCAGGCGAGGAGGGUGGUCACUACCGUCGGACCUCAGCCACCGACCCCAGCAUCCUCAUCCUGCUGCCACCACUCCACCACCACCACCACAGCUGCUGCUCCUGCUGCUGCUGCUACUCCUGCUGCAUCUUCCCCUGCUCCUUGCGUCUCCUGCGAAGAGUAGUCCCGGCAGAGAGUGGAGGAGAGCCCAGAUCAUGGACGUCAAAGCAGACGGGCGCGUGGGGAAGUCGACCCCAGCGGUGGGGUACACGGAGGAACAGAUGGAUGAGCAGCAGCAGCAGCAGCAGCAGGCGACGCGUCUCAAGGUGGCGUCACGGGAGGUCGUGGCGCUGGUGAACGAGGAGCAGGGCUGGGUGCUGGCAGCACGCGGAGCCGCUCUGGAGGCGAGGAAGUGCCACCCAGACGGUCCUCAGCCUCCCGGCUCCAUGGCCACGUUGUACCGCUACAAGAGCUCGAACCCGACCGAUGGGUGCGACUUCGUGUCCCUGGGCUUCGGGCAGAAGAUGCUGUGCGUGGGACCGCCUGCAGAGCACCCCACCGUCACACUCAAGGAGCGUGAGAGCCCCGAGACGGUGAGCUCGCUGGACAAGGAGUCGUGGCGCUGCGUGUUCCUGCGGCGUGGCAGGAGGCACGGCACGGAGCUGGAGAGCGCCGCCUUCCGCGGGAGUUUCCUCAGCGUCCCCAACUACGGGGCCGUGGGCCUGCAACCCCGCGUCGCCGGCUCCGUCGCCGUCGAAUCCGACUCGAACCCCUGCCUCUUCAACUUCGUCGCGGCCGUGCGACGGUGACGACCACGAUCGGUCGUGGACGGCGCCGUCUCUUCGCGUGUUCCUCCGCCAAGACGGCGACGACGGCUCCCUGUUCCUCUGGUCGGCAGCAAUUUGUUUUCUCCCCGAGGUUUCGUCGGCAUCGCGGAGAAAACCCCGAGGAAGGGUCACGACCGGGGAAAAUCCUCGCCGCGAGCCCACGGAAAGCGGAGAUCGGAGAGCUACCUCUGGCCCCCGUGCUCGGGUUGAGCGGGGGCAGCCCGCACCUCUCACACCUCGGCCUACCGCGGGAGAGUCAUUGGGUGUCGGUGUCGACUGCAGGCGUUUUUGUUUUUACUUGCGACGUCCGCCCGAUGCUCGUGGUCGUGAUCACGCUUCGUAAAAAAAAAAAUGCUCGGAUACGAAACGAAGCUUUCGUGUAAAGUUGCGUCGCUCUUAGGGACACGCCGUGGUGGCAAGGCAUCAUCUUCCUCGCCUGGUAUGCAGGAGGUCGUGGGUUUGAUCCCGACCCUGACGCCUGCUGCUGUAUAUUUGCAGUCUGCGUCUCUCUCAUCAUCAUCAUCACUGUGGUUCGGAGAUGUUAUUUCCCUUGCCUGGUGUACAGGAGGUCGUGGGUUCGAUCCCGAUCCCGACGCCUGCUGUAUAUUUGGAGUUUGCGUCUCUCUCAUCAUCAUCGUGGUGGCUAGAUGUCAACUACCUCGCCUGGUCUACAGGAGGUCGUGGAUUCGACCCUGACGCCUGUUGUAUAUUUGGAGUUUGCGUCUCUCUCUCUCAUCAUCAUCAUCACGGUGGCUAGGAGAUGUCAACUACCUCGCCUGGUGUACAGGAGGUCAUGGGUUCGAUCCCGUACCCGACGCCUGCUGUAUAUUUGGAGUUUGCGUGUCUCUCUCUCUCUCCGUGGUCGUGUGUAUUUUUCUCCUGGUCCUCCGGUUUUUCCCUCCACAUUUCGAAUCGACGUCACGCGUUUAGAGUAUUUGGGCGCUAUAAAUGUUCACGUGACAUGAGCCACUUCGUUGAGUUGUCAUUUGUGGCCACGUUGCUUCUGAAAAAAGAGCUGCAUAAGCUCAGUGGACCUUACCUGGGAAAAUUAAAAAUAAAAAUAG